AUCGAAAAUGCAAGCUAUGCAUAAUCAGAGUCCACUUCUCUCCCAAUCUCCGAGCUUCAACAGUUACUCUUCUAGCAGACUUGCAGAGAUCGCCGCUAGAGUCACUGAAGAAUUCACCCAGGACAAGGACUCCUCCCUACCCAUACAUCGCAUCGACGAAGAAGAACUUCCGAUCUCCAACGAUCAACCAACUCCUGAGGAUGCCGACAAUGACGACGACGGCGAUGAUUUCGAAUUCGCAGUCGUUAGGAAAGAUCCUGACUCUUCUUCUCCUAUUUCUGCCGACGAGAUCUUCUACAACGGCCAGAUUCGUCCAGUUUACCCGGUUUUCAAUCGGGAUCUUCUCUUCGCCGACGAUGAUUCCAAGCCUCUUCCCAAAAAACCCUCACCCCUUCGUCUUCCACUCGGAAAGUUAAUGUUAGAGGAGCGCGAUAACGAUAAUGAUAACGAUAACCAUCCAUCUUCCUCCUCCUCUUCCGAAGCCGACGAACUUGAAGGUAUUCCCGCUGGAACUUACUGUGUUUGGAAUCCGAAAUCUGUUGAAGCUUCUCCGGAUAGAUGCAAGAAGAGUAACUCCACUGGAUCUGGAUCUUCAAAGCGGUGGAAGUUCAGAGACUUCCUUCCCCGGAGUAACAGCGAUGGUAAGGAUACCUACGUUUUCCUGUCUUCGUCCAAGUUCGUGAAGAAGAGAAACAAUGACAAAACUGAAAAAGUCACCGCUGACAAGGCGGCGAUUCAGAAAGCUGAGCAACUACAUCCGAAGGAGAGGAGAAACUUCAUUUCCAACCCAGACUACAAUUCCUCUCAAGAUAAGGUCGCCGCGAAGGGCAAAGUGAAAGCCAAGGGAGUGUCCGGCGACACUUUAUCUGCUCACGAGGUUCAUUACGUGCGUAACAGAGCUCUAAAGGAAGAUGACCGUCGACGUUCCUAUCUUCCUUACAGACAAGAUCUGGUUGGUUUCUUCUCGAACGUGAAUGGAUUGAGUAGGAACCUUCAUCCCUUUUAGAGUAAUAAUAAUGUGUGUGUGUGUAUUUUUCUUAAAUUUUUUUUUUCUUCUCUCUUGUAAAUAAUUUACAAUUUACAUAGGAAUUUUAGUUUUGAAACUCAGAUCAAA